CUCUGCCCUACUAGCUUUCCUCCAACGCCGCCACUCUCUCUCUCUCUCUCUCUCUCUUCUCUUCAUUUUCUUCUUGUUCAGGAGCUUUCGAGCUCGAGCCCUAAGAACCACAUGGGCGAUCAGAAAAAUUCAGAGGACCGUAAGGUCCCGAAGCUACCGAUCCCCAGCCGCCGGAACAUACUCAUCACAAGCGCCUUGCCGUAUGUCAACAACGUCCCUCACCUCGGCAACAUCAUUGGCUGUGUACUGAGUGCUGAUGUUUUCGCUCGUUAUUGCCGUCUAAGGGAUUAUAAUGCUAUUUACAUUUGUGGGACCGAUGAGUAUGGUACUGCCACUGAAACGAAAGCCUUGGAAGAAAGAUGUAGCCCCAAAGAGAUUUGUGACAAGUACUAUGCGAUUCAUAAAGAGGUUUAUAAAUGGUUCAAUAUUAGUUUUGAUGAAUUUGGUCGUACGUCUACACCCCAGCAGACUGAAGUUUGCCAAGCAAUUUUCAAGAGACUGUUGGAUAACAAUUGGCUUACAGAGAACACAAUGCAGCAGCUUUACUGCGAUACAUGCAAAAGGUUCUUGGCUGACCGCCUUGUGGAGGGUACCUGUCCAACUCCAGGGUGUGAUUACGAUUCUGCCAGGGGUGAUCAGUGUGAAAAGUGUGGAAAGCUCUUGAAUCCAACAGAAUUGAAAGAUCCUAAGUGCAAGGUCUGUGGAACAACUCCACAUAUUCGUGAUACAAACCACCUGUUUCUUGAACUCCCUUUGCUGAGGGAUAAAUUGGAAGAAUAUAUCAAUAAAACAUCAGUGGCUGGGUCUUGGAGCCAGAAUGCUAUUCAAGCAACAAACGCAUGGCUUAAAGAAGGGCUUAAACAACGGUGUAUUACUAGGGAUCUGAAGUGGGGGGUUCCAGUUCCACAUGAUAAAUUCCAGGACAAGGUUUUCUAUGUCUGGUUUGAUGCACCUAUUGGAUAUGUUUCUAUUACUUCAUGCUAUACACCUGACUGGGAGAAAUGGUGGAAGAAUCCUGAAAAUGUAGAAUUGUUUCAGUUCAUGGGCAAGGAUAAUGUGCCAUUCCACACUGUGAUGUUUCCAUCUACACUUAUUGGAACUGGUGAGAAUUGGACAUUGAUGAAGACUAUCAGUGUUACUGAAUACUUGAAUUAUGAAGCAGGAAAGUUCUCUAAGAGUAAAGGUGUAGGAGUAUUUGGUAAUGAUGCAAAAGAUACGAACAUUCCUGUGGAAGUAUGGAGAUAUUACUUGCUUACCAAUAGACCAGAGGUGUCAGAUACCUUAUUUACAUGGGCAGACUUGCAAGCAAAAUUGAAUAGUGAAUUAUUGAAUAAUUUGGGCAACUUUAUAAAUCGAGUAUUGAGCUUUAUAGCUAAACCUUCAGGUCAAGGAUAUGGUUCCAUUAUACCUGAUGCUCCACCUGGAGAAUCAGACUCCUUAACCGAGAAGUUAGCUGAAAAAGUUGGUAAAUAUGUGGAGCAGUAUGUAGAAGCCAUGGAAAAGGUUAAACUAAAACAGGGACUGAAAACCGCUAUGAACAUUUCAAGUGAAGGGAAUGCUUAUUUGCAAGAAAGCCAAUUCUGGAAGCUAUACAAGGAGGAUCAACCACGCUGUUCUAUAGUUGUGAGAACUUCAGUGGGUUUAGUACAUAUUCUUGCAUGUUUAUUAGAACCAUUUAUGCCAUCAUUUUCUCUUGAGGUAUUCAAGCAGCUGAAUUUGUCUCCUGAAGCGCAACUUUCACUUUCUGAUGAAAAAGGAGAUAUCGAUAGGGCAAGGAGACCUUGGGACAUUAUACCUUCUGGUCACAAAAUUGGGAAACCAGAGCCAUUGUUCAAGGAAUUGAAAGAUGAAGAAGUAGAAGCUUUCAGGCAGAGGUUUGCUGGAAGUCAAGCUGAUAGAAUUGAGAGGGCAGAAGCUGAAGCAGAGAAGAUAGCUGCACAACUGAAGAAAACGAAAGUUUCAGCAGACAACAGUGGAAAGAAAAAGCCUACAAAAUCUGCAAGUGAAGCAGAGAUUACCAUCUCUAGACUUGAUAUUCGUGUUGGGCUGAUUACCAAAGCUCAGAAGCAUCCUGAUGCUGAUUCAUUGUAUGUAGAAGAGAUUGAUGUGGGCGAAGGACAGCCCAGAACUGUUGUUAGUGGACUUGUCAAGUAUAUACCUCUGGAAGAAAUGCAGAAUCGGAAGGUUUGCGUCCUCUGCAACUUGAAACCUGCAGCCUUGAAGGGUAUUAAAUCACAGGCAAUGGUUCUUGCUGCUUCCAACACUGAUCACACAUUGGUUGAAUUGGUUGAACCACCAAAAUCUGCUAAUGUUGGAGAGAGAGUUACAUUUGCUGGGUUUGAAGGGGAGCCUGAUAAUGUUCUAAACCCUAAGAAGAAGGUCUGGGAAACUUUGCAAGUGGAUUUACACACCAACGCAGAUCUGGUUGCCUGUUACAAAGAUCUUCCUUUCACUACAUCAGCUGGUGUUUGCACGGUUUCAACGAUUCGCGAUGGUUCGAUUAGGUAGACAAGUUUCUUCAUCCAUUAGAAAGUAAGAAAAGAAAAAGUAAAAAUUCCCAGAUUUUGAUUGGCUAUUUGUCAUUGUGCUUCCUUAUAAAUUGAGUGAUCUUUUACACAAUACCAAUUUAAGAGACAAUAAUCAACGGAUUUUAUGGCUCAAAAGCAGAAACUAUAUUUGGCAAAAAGAUCUAUAGAAGAAUAGGACUCAAUUAGUUGGUUUUGUUUUGUUUUGUUUUUUGUUUUUAAUUUUAUUUUAUUAUUAUUAUUUAUUUUAGUUAUUUUAUUAUUUAUUUAUUUA